AUGAAUCGAUACCGGAACGCACCAGGCAUCAGAGGCCCUACUAAGGCGACUGCCAGUACUCUGUGUCAGAAAUGCUUGAAACGAGAUAAGUACAUAGAUCUCGUGGCUAUUAUACCUUUGACUGACUCCUUUAUACGACACUACAGUUAUGAAUGCACGGUAUCUGCACAGGAACGGCCAUAUACAACUCGACCUUCUCGCACACAACAACUGCAAAACCCCAAUUUGCGACCGAAGCUGACGACUGAUGUUCCAAACGAACUGUUAGGGUCGAGAGGUGUCGCCGAUGAGAUAUUAGCAAGACGAGGAGAGGAACGAGGUCGGAAGAGGGAGCUAGGGGAUUCAGAUCCAUUUGAUGACAGUCAUCAUGCACCGAAGCGGAUCGUUCGCAUUCAGUCUCGCCGCCACGGCAUGAAGUUUAUACUGAAAGUAGGGGGCGAGACCGAGCACAAUCAAUGUCGUCGCCUCAACCACAGUCAAGAAAGAGACGAUACAACGACUCAUUAUCCGACCAUACUGACUCUUCUUACUCCUCCGGUGGGCGACAGCGCUCUCGAUCGAGGGAAUGGGAGACAGACAGAAACACAAGACGAAGACGUCGGGAAUCUAGCCCUGAAGAGCGUGGUCGACCUAGAAACAUCUCUGAAGACGGCAGCCGGAGGGGUAGGACACGAAGCCUAA